AUGGAGCCAUGUUGGCAUGCUCUCCGCGCUGGAGCGCGCCAGAAAGCUCCGAGCUUCAAAUCGCAGAGUUGCAGGUUGCUGGGGUUCCUGGCCGGGGUACUUGCAACCAGCCUGGCCGGCCAGCUCGCAUUUGUACCGUCCUUGCCCGUUGUUCGGUACCGAAUACGACGGACGAGCACACAAAGAUGCAGCUUGGAACCUGGAACAGAAGGAUCCUGCACCACUUUUGUGGGUCUUUGGCCCGUCCGCCCGGAAGACGAGGCGAUGGCCGACGCAGAGAUGCAGCUUCACUUCGAGCGCAGCGGCUUCUGCCACGCCCAGGAGCUGCUGACCGUGGAUGAAGCCUCCGCGUUGGCUCAGGAGCUUGCAAAAGUGCAGUCCUCGGAGAUCUGCGAGAUGGCAGCACUACAGCAUGAACUGCGACAGCAUGUGGAUGAAGCAGUCGCACGAUCUUGCCGUACUGCGCAGGAUUGCCGGCGGAUGCUUCAGAAGUUUGAGAAGUCAGGCAAGGUAAAGUUCUUGCAGUACUUCAACCUACAUCGUCACAGUCCGUUUCUGCGACGAGCUGCACUGUCUCCUCGACUUGGUUUGUGGGCGGCUCGCUUGCUCGGAGUGCCGCAAGUCCGCCUCUACCAGGACGCGCUGUUUAUGAAGUACCCACGACAUGGACCAACACGAUGGCAUUCAGACCUUGCAUUGUCUCCGUUCGACACCAAUGCCUUCGUGACCGUGUGGCUUGCACUGACACCCGUCAAAGCCAAAGGAGGUGCCGGGCUCCGCUUCGCACGUGGCAGCCACCGUGACUACACGCUCCAGUAUCAUACGGAGCUGGCGGAUAGAUACACCCAAGAUGAUCUGAGCAGUCGCUACCCCAUCGAGGAGUGCACCGAGCUGCAGCCCGGGGAUGCGACGUGGCAUCACGGCUGGACGCUGCAUGCAGCCUCAAGGAGCCCCCGUGUGGCCUGGGCCAUCAGCUUUGUGGCGUCUGAUGCGCGGAUUCUCCCGGAAGAGUCCCUGAACAUCGUCCAAGCAGCUGAGGAUUCCGUGUCUCAGGGGCUGGGUAGGUGUCCUUCCAGCCCUGGAUUCAGCACCUAUGCCCCGGUGCUCGCCAUGAAUUGGUUCGUAUCCGGCAAAGGAGAUGUCAACAAGAGGAUGGGUGCUCUUGCCAAGCUGUCGAACUACUCUGCUCAAUCCGAGCGUGCUGUGCAGACCCUCUUCAACGCCUUGGAUGGAGCCAUGCGCCGACACGAGCACGCCUUGGUCUGGGCAGUUCUAAACUCCUUGGGCAUGUUGGUCUCCAGCCCAUCCUGCUGCCAGCUGCUCCUGUCAUCAGGCUACAUCCUUCUGCUACAUCGAGUUCUCGAGAUCUACACUGCUCUGCCGGGCAUCCUCCCCAACUCCCUGGCCAGACGCGACGAGAAGCUGCGAUCUGCCACAAAGAAAGAACCGGAGUUUGUCUCCACCUUCAAGCCCUCCGCGAUAGAGAAGAACUCAGAGACGGUGAAGCAGUGGUGGCUGAAGAAGUCCACCUCCCUGCCCGACAUCGUGGAGAUCGGGCCGGUACCACGCCGCCCGCCGUCCGAGACCAGCGGCUGUUCCGCGAGGCCCUUGCCUGCUGCAGCAGGGCAAGGCAGUGGCAACAGGCACUGGCCGCAUUCCACGGGCUCUGCGCGAGGAGCCUGGUGCCAGAUGUCUACAGCUACCGGGCGGUUAUCACCGCCUGUGACCGGGGUUCCCAGUGGAGGCUGGCGCUGGCGUUCCUGUCUGAGAUGGUUUGCAAACGCACCUUCCCGAAUCUCUUCAAUUUCAGCGCUGCCGUCAGCGCGUGCGCCGCAAGUGGGCAGUGGCAGGCGGCGGUGUACCUGUUGUCGGAGCUGCCGUAUCGAAGGGUGGCCUCCGACACGGUCAUCGUCAACUCCGCGAUCAGCGCCUGCGAAAAGGGCAGCCGAUGGCAGAUGGCUCUGGCACUGCUCGCCGCAAUGCCCGAAGUGCGUCUCGCUGAGGAUGAGAUCAGCUUCAACUCGAGUAUCAGUGCCUGCGAAAAGGCUGGUCAGUGGAGCAUCGCGCUGCAGCUUCUGGA